AUGGCUGAUCAAGAAGGUUAGUUUAAUGAGAAUUAUAAUAUUGCUUAAAUCAGGUUACUGUAACUUCAACUAAUUCUUUUUGAAAUUUAUAUCCCUCGAAAAAUGUCAGGAAUUUCCAGAAUCUCAAAUUCCAUGAAAUUAAUAUUUUUCAACACGCUCUUUUCUCAAAUUUCUACAGUAUCCAAUCAAUUUCAUUUUUCCCAUUAUUUUUCCAAGAAGAAAUAAAAUGUGUUUUUUGUGGAAAUAAAAUUUUGCCAACACAUGUUUGGUUAGUCAUUGAUUCCCCAUAUUUCUCCCGGAAAAAAAGCAAAAAAAAAUAAAUGAAAAUAAAACAAAAAAUUUAUGUUGUUUAAAAAUGUCUUUCUAUGUAUGUUUGUAUGUAAUAAUAUGUAAUACACAAUUUGUAUAUACAACAACGAAAAACGAGAAAAAAAAAGAAGAAACAAAACUCAGGAAACGAUAUUUCCGGAUAUUUGUCUUGCUGGGUGAAGCUGGCUGAAAUUGAAUUUUGAAAAUUCGAUGAAAUUCAAUCAUGUUUGAUUGAGACGACCCCAUGUUUUUGUUGAUGUUUUGUGUUUUUUCUUCGCUUUCUCCCAAGAAAAAGAGAACAUAAAUUUUUGGGAAAUUGGUAGAAGAAAAAUAAGAAGAAGAAGAAAACAAAAACGAAAAAAAACUUAAAAUGUUCUAAACAUGUUUUCUGAAAUUUGGAAUUUAAUCACGCGAAACAUAAUAUAAGGGUUCUGAAUCAGGAAAGUUCAGAAUUUUGGGGAAAAAAACAAAUUUUAAACGGUCGCUGUUCAGAAAAUUUCAAAUUUAAUUCGAAAUGUGGCUUUAAACCAUAACCACUCAUUCCUAUCAAACCAAAACAAAAAUUCCAAUUUUUUUCAGACAUUUGUGUUGGUUGUGGCAAAGAAAUCACAGCUGAUCAACCAGGAUGCAAUGCUAUGAAUCAAAUAUUCCACGUUGAUUGCUUCAAAUGUGCAAAAUGUACAAAAACAUUGGCUGGUUCAUCAUUUUACAACAUUGAUGAAAAACCCACUUGUGAAAAUUGCUAUCAGGUAUGUUCUUCUCCUCUUUUCAAUUUUCUAAUUUUCCCAAAUUCAAUGUGUUUUCUGAUCAACUCAACCGAAUGCCAUAAAUUCGUGUUCCUCCUCCUCUUUUUUUUCAUUUCAACCAACCCCAAACAUUUUUUAUUCCCAUAAAUUUUCCAGUCAAUUUGAUUACUUUGUGCCCUUUUUCGAGCUCACUUCCAAAUAUAAUAAUAAAUUCCAAAAAAAAAUUCGAAUCGAACACAACUUUUUUGGCUCUACUCAUUUUUUAUUGAAAAAGCAAAACAGAAAACAAGAUUUGAAUCGCAACAAAACGUGAUUUUUCGUUUCGGUUUUGUCGAGGUUUCCUUGGGGAUUUUGGAAAAAGAAACAAAAAACAAAAGUGUGAUUGAGUAUUUUCCUUUUUUUCAAAGAGCACUUUUUAGGAAGCAAAAGAAAAGAUAUACAUAGAUAGAUUUUUUGACGUCAUGUCAAAUGAGAUUUUUUCAGGAAUCAUUGGAAAAAUGCACAGCAUGUAAACGACCAAUAUCUGACAAAUUAUUGCGUGCUUGUGGUGGAAUAUAUCAUGUCAAUUGCUUUGUUUGUUUUUCAUGCAAAAAAUCGCUGGAUGGAAUACCUUUCACUUUAGAUUCAGAAAAUAAUGUGCAUUGUGUACCAUGUUUCCAUGAGUAAGUUUUGAACAAAAACUUAAAACCAGUUCUUGUAAAAAUGCUGAUCUAGCUUUCUGAAAGCGACAAAUCUUGAAUAAAAAAAUCCAAAAACAUUUCAAAGUUUUCUCAAGAAGUAGGGCCUGAAUGUAAUUGCACACAUCAAAAUAUUGGUUCUGAAAAAAAGAAGAUAAGUUCUAAGUUCAGGUUAUGUUAUUGGUUCAAAAAUCACAAAGAAUAUAUUUUACUACUCGAAAAUCAAAAAAAAUAAUUUAGUUUUUGAGACCUCCUUAUGUAAUUCCACACAAUAGUGAUUCCUGAGAUAAACUUUUUAAAAUUGAACUUGAAUUGUUUCCAGCAAAUUUGCUCCAAGAUGCGCAGUUUGUAGUAAACCAAUCAUCCCAGAUGAAGGUGAAAAAGAAUCCUUGAGAGUUGUUGCAAUGGAUAAAUCAUUCCACGUUGAUUGUUAUAAAUGUGAAGAUUGUGGAAUGCAAUUAUCAUCAAAGGUUUGUAUUCAAAUUAUUUUUCACCUAUUAAGCUCAUAUUUUUUUCAGCUUGAUGGUCAUGGUUGUUAUCCAAUCGAUCAACAUCUUUUAUGCAAAACAUGUAAUGGAAAUCGUCUUCGAGUGGCCAGCUCAACAUAA